AUGGCCGCGCCCGCGACGCCGCCCGGGCCCUCCCUGGUGAACUUCGAGGAGACCAACCCCGACGCCAAGAUCUCCUCGCCCAGGUCCCUGAAGGCCUGCAAGCUGGAGGGCAUCCUUCCCGACGAGCUCAUAUACAAGCCGGUCGAGGCCUUCCACGAGCGCGCCCUCUCCCCGCGCCUGGUCAAGCUGCGCUAUGACUUCUUCGAGGCGAAGCGGCGAGACCUGCUGGCGGCGGCCAGGAGGCAGCGCGACACGCUGGUCGCGGAGGAGCGCCGGCAGCAGGAGGUGGGCUCCAGGUCGCUCGACCUGAUCGCGCAGGAGAAGGGCGUGUCGAGGAGCUCCAUCCUCGCCGUCAACAGCGACGGGCUCCGGCAGGAGCAGGCAAAGAUGCGCCGGGCGCAGGACCGCGAGAGGGCCUGGCUGAAAAGCGCCCUCAACAACGAGCUGGCCCAGCUCAAGGAGCUGGAGCACAAGGACCUCGCGUACUCCGAGACCGCGAACGAGGCCCAGGAGCGGCAAAGGGAGGCCGCGAAGCGCAUGAAGGCCAUGGCGGACAAGAAGGCCCAGGAGGAGGAACGCCCCGCCUCGUUGGUUGGCAGGGAACUGCGCUCGGUGCCUCGCGGCCCGGUGGCGGAUUACGAGCGGCUGAGGCCGGACGAGGUGGACAGGGUGGCGAACACGCCGGUGACGAUCAGCCGGGCAACGAGCUUCGGGGAGUGCCCGCUGAACCCGGCGGCGUACGAGGCCGGCGAGGCGGCCUGCUCCCUGCACGCGCUCGAGGGCGAGGAGCCGCUGCUGGCAGCCGAGGCGUCGGGGUAG